AUGGCGCCAACAAAGUCAGCACGCGCGAAGAAGUUCGCUGCGUUCGAAGACAAAGCUGUGAAGGAUUACGACCCGGAAGCGAAUCCCCCGUCCGAGGACGAAAGUGACAGUGAAGCCGACGAGGACUUGGCAGGAACUGAACACUAUAUCAAUGUUGGCAAGAGCAAGCUCCGCCAAAAGGAAGCCCCGGCACUAGGUCCAAAUUACAGCGGCGUCAAAGUCAGCCGCGCAGCCCUAGAGGAUAACAGUGAUGGUACCAGCGAAGGCGACUCGGAAGAGGACGACGACAGCGGCUCGGAAGACUCCCAAGAGUACGACGACCCAAAUACAGCCGACCUUGAACGAGACAACAUAAUCGAUGAUGACGGUGAGAUCGAUAGCGACGAGGCUUUCAUGGACGGCGAGGAGGAGUCUUUCAGGAAGAAGGGUUUCACAUUCAAAGACAGCAAGAAAGCUUCCAAAAAUGAUUCCAAACCUGCUACAAACGGGCGAUCGAAAAGGGCUGUCGCGGCCGAUUUCAUGUCGACCUCGGGGAGCGAGGACGACGAGAUUGACGAGGAUGAGGAAGAUUCUCAGUCCGAAGGCGACUCAGAAGGAGACGAUUCGUUGGAUGACCUGAACUCAGGGGACGAUCUCAUCGAUAGAGAAGCUGAGGAAUCGUCUGACGAAGAGGGCUCAGAUGAGGGUUCCGAGGAAGACGAGAGCUUCGAGGAUGAAGAGGAAGACGAAGACGUCAAGAUGGAGGGCACUGGGCCCAAGGACAGCCGUGCCGCAAUGCGCGAGGCAAUGCAGAAGGGCCAGAAGACCGAGGUCGCCACCAUCUCUGAGGCAGCCAAAGAGGACGCAGAAAAGGGUGCUGCAGUCCGAAAACAGCGCCGCACCUACGACUCUCUCUUGAGCCUCAGAAUACGCCUCCAAAAGGGCCUCAUUGCCACCAACUCUUUGAACGAGGCGACUGGGGCUGAUGACGCAGGCAAGGAGCCCUAUGAGGCAGCCGAGGAGGCUGCGAUCAAGCUGUGGAACGCCAUCGAUGGCUUCAGGGCCAGCCUGCUUCCCGAGCCGAAAGCGGGAGACAAGCGCAAGCGUGACGUUGAUACUACUACGUCUAACGACGAGCUCUGGGAGGAAAUGCAAGCCACCGAGGAGCGUGCCAUCAAGAAGCGGAACACAGUUCUCGAGAAGUGGUCCACCAGGGUCAAGAGCAAGGCGACGACCAUGAACACUCGUCAGCUUGGCGUCGCGAAAGGCUCGCAGUCCUUGGUGUCCGUGCUCGAGGACCACAUGCUCAACUCGGACCGCCUGGUCCAGCGCACCCAAGUGCCCAGGUCCUGCGCUCCCCUCCAGGCUGCUAAGAAGGUCAGCGAGGACCCGAGCAUCUACGACGACGCCGACUUCUACCAGAUACUGCUCAAGGAGCUCGUCGACCAGCGCACGACCGACUCCGGGACCACGGGCAACGACGGCGUGCCCACAGUGCGGUGGACCGCGCUCAAGGAGGCCAAGACGCGGAAGCAGGUGGACAGGCGGGCGAGCAAGGGCCGCAAGCUGAGGUUUACGGUGCACGAGAAGCUACAGAACUUCAUGGCGCCUGAGGAUAGGCGGACCUGGGAGGACGAGGCCAUCGACCGGCUGUUCGGGACUCUGUUCGGGCAGCGCAUGCAGCUCAAGGAGGAUAUCUCUGAUGAAGAAGAUGAUGACCUCGCGGCCGAGGAGGAGGGGCUCAAGCUGUUUAGGAAUUAG